AUGGCCGACAUCGAUGUCGCGCCCACCUUUGGCGCCGAACUCAAGGACGGCUUCAAGCCCGCCAAUGCGUGGGCUGGCCACGGCAUCGCCUGGCUCGAGGACAUUCAGCAGUUCUACCGCGAGCGCUCCGCCAUAGAGAAGGAGUACAGCGGGAAACUGUCCGCGCUGGCUAAGAAGUACUUUGACCGCAAAAACAAGAAGACGAGCCAGCUCAGCGUCGGCGACACACCAGCCAUGACCCCCGGCUCGCUGGAAAGCGCGAGUCUGACGACGUGGUCCACACAACUGAACACGCUCGAGUCACGGGCGGCUGAGCACGACAAGUUUGGGAACAAUCUCCUGUCGCAAGUGGCCGAGCCCCUCAAGUACUACGCCACGCGCUUCGACGAGCUGCGGAAACGACACGCCGAGUACGCCGACAAGUUGGAGAAGGAGCGCGAUCACUCCUACGCCGAGCUCCGCAAGACCAAGGCCAAGUACGACGCCGUGUGCCAGGAGGUCGAGACUCGCCGUAAGAAGUCCGAGUCGCACUUUGACAAGGCCAAGGCGCAGAAUGCCUACCAGCAGCAGGUUCUCGAAAUGAACAAUGCCAAGAACUCGUACUUGAUCGCCAUCAACGUUACCAACCGACUCAAGGAGAGAUACUACCACGAAUAUGUGCCCGAGGUCAUGGACAGCUUGCAGGAUCUCAACGAGUUCCGUGUCAUGAAACUCAACGGGAUUUGGGGCGUGGCCACAGCCCUGGAGAGCGCGAUGAUGAGGUCAAGCCAUGAUAUGAUGGAACGUCUCGGCGGGGAGAUCAAGCGCAACGCUCCGCACCUCGACUCCAUGAUGUACAUGCGCCACAACAUUGGUGGCUUCAGCGAGCCCGCCGACAAGACAUUCGAGCCCAGCCCCGUGUGGCACGACGAGCCGACCAUGGUUGUGGACGAGAUGGCCACCGUCUACCUGCGCAAUCUGCUUUCGAAAUCAAAAUCGCAACUGGGCGAGUUAAAGCGCGACGUGGAUAAGAAACGCCGAAACGUGGAGGAGGUCAAACGGUUGAAACAGCGCGUCCGCGAGGGGACGGAGAAGAAGGACGAGGUCGAGGUCGUGCGCUCCUUAUUUGCUCUCCAAGAGACGCUGCACGCCGUAGACCGCGAUCGACUGACGGCCGAGGUAGAGACGUUCACCAUCACCAGCGCCGUGGGCGACGUCACGCUCGGCGCAAAGAAUCACAACUUCAAAUCACAGACCUUCAAGAUCCCCACCAACUGCGACCUCUGCGGGGAACGCAUCUGGGGCCUCAGCGCCAAGGGGUUCGACUGCCGCGACUGCGGGUACACGUGCCACUCGAAAUGCGAGAUGAAAGUGCCCGCCGACUGUCCGGGCGAGCAGAGCAAGGACGAGAGGAAGAAACUCAAGGCGCAACGGCAGAGCGCGGCCAACACGAUGCUCAAACCGAGCGCCAGCACCGGGUCGACAACCAACGUCAGCGAGGGGCCAGAGCUCAGUCGGUCCAACACAAUGAACUCGCUCAGCUCACGGGCCGCCUCCCACCACGGACAACUAAGUCCCCCAGAGGAGACUCCCCCCGAGCAGCCACGACCGAGCGUAAGCAGCGCGACCAGCGGAGGCGCCAAGAGGAAUCGCAUUGUUGCGCCUCCCCCGGCCGCCUAUGUCACCGACGGAGGCGGUCUCAACGGGAGCGGCUCCAGCGAGAAGAAGGGCAAGAUGCUGUAUGGGUUCGAUGCCAGCGGGGAUGGCGAGCUCAGUGUCAGUGAAGGCAGCCCGGUGACCAUGGUGGAGGAAGACGAUGGCUCCGGCUGGGUCAAAGUCCGGUGCAACGGCAAAGAAGGGUUGGUUCCGGCCUCGUACGCCGAUUUUACAGCUGCACUACCGCCUACGCCAUCCAUCACAACGACGCCGGCCCGACCAGGGAGCACAUACUCCACAUCCACGACGGCCUCGUCAGUUGGUCCGGCCAAGAAGAAACAAGGACCGGCCGUGGCGCCAAGGCGCGGCGCCAAAAAGCUACGCUAUGUCGAGGCUUUGUACGAGUACACGGCCACCGGCGACGGGGAGCACAGCAUGGUAGAGGGCGAGAAGUUUGUCCUCAUCAAGGAAGACCCCGGAGACGGAUGGGUCGAAGUGGAAAAGGCCGGUGUGACGGCCAGCGUGCCGGCGAGUUAUGUGCAGGUUGUCUGA